AUGGUUCUUCUUACUGUUCGCAUGACUUAUCUGCCUCCAAGGGCUGCUGCCUUCGCUCCCGGACCAGAAAUAUCCAAGAAUGUGAUCAAAAAGCUCCGCAAGGACUUGACGUCUCUGAACAUCCCGCUCCCCAAAGUGUCUUCUAUAAAGAUCCCGACGAAGGGUGUUGUCAAGUUUUACUGGAAGACAGAAUUAGGCAGCCCAUUCCAUGAAAUUCUGAAGAGCAGAAUAUCAGACGCAUCGCGACAACAGAUGUCCAAGCUGUCAAUCUCAGCUAUUACCUUGAAAGAACCAAAGAAGAAAACCAACCCUCCGCCUCGACCUGUGGCACACCAUAGUCCCCCAUCGGUUCUCAUUUCUCAGAUGACAACUAUCCCACAGAGUGCUUUGGAUGCACCAUCACAAUUAUUUCCAUCGGAUCAUACCCGGAUUGCACAGAUGGACGUGCCAUAUUCUCAAUAUACGAUGCCAGGUCCAGUACCUUCGCAGUCAGAGGUCCCGGUACCCAUGUCCUCUGAGAUGCCUGGCCCAUAUUCUAUCCCCGUGCAUCAACCGGAGACACUCUCGUUACCUCAGAGUACUCCUUUGGAAGAAGUGACAUCCGUCGUGAUCGGCAAGCGAACCUCGCACUCGGUGUCCCCCCCACCGUCAGCCAAAAGAUGUCGUAGCAGAAGCCCGUCCGAUGACGACGAACUCUCCUUGCUGCACGAGCUUGGGUCGCUCGAUGAAGCGAUGAUGUUUCUUGCCGCACGGCAGUCAAGGAUACGGGAGAAGCUCAAAGAUAUGGGAGUGCAGACUGUCCCUGAGCCUAACUUUUUAUCCCGGGAUCAAUUUGAACUCGAAAUCGAGGCAGAGAGGAAGCAGAGGAUUGAGUGCGAGACGGUCCUGAUGGAUAUUCGGCGAGAGUGUCGGGUACCUUUUAUAGUUCCUGCCUUAUUUGACGCGUUUAUUGAUAUUUCGAAAUUGACGACGGCUGCUGUAGAUUCUCUUCAUUAA